AUGUUUGCGGGACGUACUGCUGCGCAGCGCGCGCGGCCGCCCGUCGCUUCCGGUCGCCUUCUUUUGUUCCUCGCGAACGUUCCGAGCGCGCUAGGUGAAGACGAUCGACGGUCCUCUCUCUUGCCGAAUAAUUGCGGUAUCGUGCGAAAAGAGCAGAGGUUGCCGAAAGUGCAGAAUCGCACCAGCAUCCCGUUGACGUCGGGAGCGCCGCGCAAUCGUAUUUUCGCGAUCGCGCGGUCGGGCGGCGUUUAUCGGAAAUGCGCCGCGGCGGAGGCAGCCAUGUUGUCGACAGAGGCGGGAAAGGCUCGGAGAAAGGCGGCGGGCGACGGCGGGGCGGGACGACCGCAGGGUGAGCGAUGCGUAAGUUGCCUAUUGUCUAUUAUUCGUUACUUAAAAAUUAUGUAUGCAUUCAUAAUCAGAUCAACCUUGCGAUAUUAAUGUACUGAAAUGUUUGCAGUGCUCAGCCCAUACCCAGUGAGAAAUGAUUCGUGGAUCGACG